AUGCCCACUAGGCGAGCACGAAUUGUCUGCAUUUCGGAUACCCACAAUCAAACUCCCAAGCUGCCCUCGGGCGACAUUCUCAUCCAUGCAGGUGACCUUACUAACCAAGGGACCUACAGCGAGCUGCAAAAGACAAUCAGCUGGCUUCAGCAAACUGAAUUCCAGCUCAAAAUCGUUGUUUGUGGAAACCACGAUGUUACUUGCGACAUCCCCUUCUAUCAGCAAUAUGGCGCCUUUUUCCAUAAUAAGAGGAUGGAAGAUCCCCAGCGUUGUAUCGACUUGUUUCAAGCGGAUCCAUCCAUCGUCUACCUGAACCAUGAGGCCAGGGACGUUCAGAUCACUUACAAAGGAGGUGCUGUUACGAAGCUCAAGGUAUUCGGCUCUCCAUACUCUCCCGCUAAAGGAUUCUGGGCUUUUGGGUAUAUACCAGAGAAUGCAUCCCGGCUUUGGGAUCAAAUUCCCUUGGAUUCAGACAUUGUGGUGACACAUACUCCAGCCAAAUUCCAUCGAGACGAAUAUGGCACACGUGGAGCUGCGGGAUGUGAGAGACUUCGUGAGGCACUGUGGAGAGUUCGUCCCCGAUUAUUCGUUUGCGGACACGUUCAUGAAGCAUAUGGUGUCGAGGCGGUUACUUGGGACCUGUCUUCCUCAGACAUCAAAUUCAAGGAGCAGUCUGUCCGACAUUGGAAAGAUCCUCGGUCAGAAAGUAAGAAACAGUUUGCCGUUGAUCUGACCUCGAGAGUCAAGUCCAUGGCCUUACAGAAUGAUGGAUGUGCUGGGAGCCAUGUUCCUCAGACGCCACCCUUCUGUGACAAAGCUGACGAGAGCGACAUACCCGCUGACAAUGUAAUAAUGAGCAAUCUUCAAGGCAGCGAAGCCCGGCUGCCCGCCGUUCCAGCACCUCCUCAGCCGCCGUUUCCUGAAUUCGAGAAGUCAUAUCGUCCUAUUAUCUCUGCUGUCGGAGCAGCCGACAUGAAGCAUACCGGAACCCGGGGUCAGGGAGGUCCUGCUUCAAGCCCUCGAACUGAUCGAGAAGCAAUAUCAGGUCGUGAAGGGAGGAUUGAGACUUGCAUUGUUAAUGCUGCAUUCAUGGCAACGAACUGGCCUCACCGGGGAGGUAAAAAAUUUCACAAGCCCAUUGUUAUUGAUAUUGAUUUGCCUGUACUAGAGAAUGCCGGUCAAGCCUCCCCACCACAAUCCAGUUGA